AUGGGUAACCUGUAUCUCACACUGUGUCCUAACUGGUAUUUCACCACCAACUUAAGCUGUCAUUACAAUGGUAGAAUUGUUCUAGCCUGGGAUCCAGAUGUUUUUCAAAUAGACAUCAUCCAUAUGGGAAGUCAACUGAUUCACACAUGUGUUACCCCAAGAAGCUCUGACAAGGGCUUCUUCUGCACCUCCAUCUAUGGCUUCAAUACUCCUUCUGAGAGAGAGUCCCUGUGGGCCUCUUUGACUUCUUUCUCUAACCUAAACCAUCAAGCAUGGUUAAUAAUGGGGGACUUUAACUCCAUCAUGGAAAUGGAAGACAGAAUUGGGGCACCUGUGAGACUUGCUGAUAUCAAGCCAAUGAGGAACUGUAUGGCCACCUACAACCUCACUCAGGUCAAAACAAUAGGUAGACAGUUUACAUGGAACAACAAACAAGAAGGGGAGAAUAGAGUCUUCUCUAGAAUUGAUAGAGUGUUAUCCAACACUGCUUGGGAUGACAUGUUCCCUACUGCUGAAGCUAUGUAUUUGCCAGAAGGUACUUUUGACCAUUGUCCAAUGAUUUUGAGCACCUUAUUCACUUGUCAGUCAAAGAAACCUUUCAGGUUUUAUAACAUGUGGACUUCUUCUCCUGAUUUCCUCCCCAUAAUAGAGAAGCAUUGGCAAAAAUAUGUCUAUGGAUGUCACAUGUUCAGGAUAAUCCAAAAGCUUAAAUGGAUAAAACAGGACCUCAGGGACCACAACAAAUCUGGUUAUAGUAAUAUUGAAGCAACCAAGAUUCAGCUGCAACAUCAGCUUGCUGACAUUCAAAACAAGUUACACACAGAUCCUACAUAUGCUAUGCUAGCUACAGAAGAAAAAGAAAUUGCUGCUGCUUACAGAACUGCAAAAGAGACUCACCUCUCUUUCCUUCACCAAACUUCUAAAGCUCAUUGGCUUGAACAAGGAGAUGAAAAUAGCAGAGCCUUCUACCAGAGUAUUAGGCAAAGAAGAAAACACAAUACCAUUCAUUCUAUUCAAACCUCUACUGGAGAGUGGGUGAACUCAGUUGAGGGUGUUUAG